AUGGUGGGCGCGGGGCGAGGGGGCCCGCGUCACGCCGAGCAGCGGGCAGGGCGCGCGGCGCCCUCCAUCCACGCCCGGCCGGGGCGCGAGGAGGCGGCGGCGAGCGCGGGGACCGCCGGCCGAGGCAGGCCGGCCCGCGCACUAGCCCGGGCGGCCCCGCGGGCCGGGGGAGCGGCGGGGCGGCGGGGCGGCGGCGGCGGCGUUGGCGGCAACGGCAGCUCGGAGCCGGUGGGCGCAGCCGCGCGCCAGGCCGGCGGAAGGAGCGCUCGAGUUUCCGAGGGACAUUGGAACGCGGAGCUGUCCGUCACGGGCUCAUCUGCAUAUUCGGGCGCCCGCCCCCUCCCCUGCUCCGCCGGCUCCGCCCGCUCCCGCCGCCCGGCCGCGGCCGGGAGAGGGGCGGGGACGCCGGGGGAGGGGCGGGCGGAGGGGCGGGGGGAGCGGGAGGCAGGACGCGCAGGCUUUUGUGGCUCAGUCGCCUCUCGCGCAGCCCCAGCCCCCGGCCCGCAGCCCGGCCGCACCGGGCAGUGCGCGCGCCCCCUUCCCACUCGCGCGGACUCCCGGCGUCCGCCCCCGCGCCCCCCACCUUUCCGGCCGCCCCCCUCGCCCCAGCCCGACACUCUGCCCCCUCCCCCUGCCCCGCCCCCAGCUCGGCCCGCAAGGACCGGGGCAGAGGCCGCCCGCUGCCACUUGGGUGGGGGGGGGGAUGAGCGUCCCGGGCCCCCCUCACAGGCCGCGGACUGCGCGCCGGACUUUCGUGCCCGGGUCAGAGCUACGGGUGAUGCGGCGGGAGUGGGGCACCGUGGCCCGGGUCCUCCUGGGGACGGCGUGCGCGGCUCUCACGCCCACCUCCCCCGGUCCGUCCUUGCUUGCCGCACGGGGCGAGCCUCCACGCGGGGUCUCGCGGCGGCCCCGCGCCGCCCCGGCGUGCCCCCGCGGACCCGGAUCCCGGGCGCUUUCGUCGCGAGCCGCCAGGAGGGCCCUGAGCACUCGGGGGAAACGAUCGUCAGCGGACAGACCGCCUCUGGCAGGACGUGGAGCCUCGCUGUCACUCGGGAAGGGACGAGACAGUCACAGGCCGGGGGCGCGGGCGGCGCACGCGGUUGCCCAGUUGGCUCGGGCUUCUUUUCUAAAAACUCAAUCGAAAGAACCGGCUGCAAGCCCGCGAAGGCUGGGCGCGCGGCCGCCUGUGACGGUGGCCUGGAAUCCUGCAGCUGCCUCUCUGGUCACCGCGGGGAGCGCCCGGGCCCCAUGGCCGCCGCUUUCGGGGAGCAGGACCUGGAUGCUCCGCUCACGGGCGAGGAGGCCGUUCAGGCCUGUGGAGAGCCGGGUCCGGACGGACACUGGGUGUCUUGUCACUUUCGGUGGCCCUCGUCACUGGGAUGGAAGAGAACGGGCCGGCGCUCAGGCCAACCGGUGGCCGAUGCUUUUGGAAUGAGUCGGCGUGGACACGCGUGUUUCCAGGAGCCCGCGGUUUCCUGGAGGCCGAGUUCUGGGAAACGGCGGCCUGGGGCUCUAAGUCCUCCUCGGAGAGCAGCGGCGGCGCAGACCGAGGCGCCCUCCACUCCUUGCCCGGGGCUCCCGGGAGAGGCGGGCAGGCCGAGCGGCGACGCGGCCCGAAGUCGUGCGCGCGGGCGGCGAGGGGGCGCUGUGGCCUGCGCGGCUGCCGCCUAGUCCCCGCCGCGGUGGGCCGGGCGCCGUCCCCGGCCACCGAGGGCGCCCCGGCCCGGCCUCCCCUACGUCAGUUGCAUUCGGGGCAAACGGACAGCAACACUGGAGCGUUUGAAUAAAGCCUAGCCGAACCCGGCCUCUCUCUCU